CUUCCUUUCUUUAAACACCACCCCUUGGCAAUGGACCUGCUGACACCUCAGAGCAGGAGAGAUAAAAAGGGCAGCCCUGUUCCUGCUGCAAGCACACAGGCAAGGGCAGAGGCUACUCGGGAGCUCAGAAGCCACCAGCAUCGCAUUCUCCUCUGGUCACACCACCGGCAGGAACCAUGAGCCAAGACAGCGACCUGAAGGUCACCAAGGUUGACUUCCUCAAGAGCCAGAACUCGGUGCAGCACCACACGGAUGCGUACAACACCUCGAACCUGGUGGUGCGGCGUGGGCAGCCCUUCCUGCUGCAGCUGACCCUCAGCAGGGAGCUGCGAGCCGCCGACAAGCUGUCACUGCACUUCAGCAUUGGUGAAAAGCCAAUGGAGCCCACGGGGACCCUGAUGUCACUGAACCCCAGGAGCACGAGGAAUGUCAGCGGCUGGCAAAUCUCCAUGGUCAAAUCCAGUGGCACAGAGUGCACUCUGUCUGUCACCAGCGCACCCAAUGCUGCUGUGGGAAUAUACGGCCUGAUAGUGAAGACUGGCCCUAAUGUUUACAAGCCCGAGAAGAACACCAUCUACCUUCUGUUCAACCCUUGGUGUGAAGGUGAUAUUGUCUUCCUGUCCAACGAGGCUGAGAGAAAGGAGUACGUACUCAAUGAUACAGGCUACAUCUAUGUUGGGUCUGCCUUCAACAUACACAGCAAACCCUGGAAUUUUGGGCAGUUUGAGGAAUUGAUCCUGGAUGCCUGCAUGUACCUGCUGGACAAAAGCAAGCUCAAGAUGAGCAGUAGAAGGGAUCCCGUGGUUGUGUCCAGGGCCAUGUCUGCUUUGGUGAAUGCCAACGAUGACAGUGGUGUCGUGCUGGGAAACUGGUCAGGGAAGUACGAGAAUGGGACUUCCCCCAUGGCAUGGAUUGGGAGCGUUGCAAUUUUGCAGCAGUAUUACAAAACGAAGAAGCCUGUCAGUUAUGGUCAAUGUUGGGUCUUCUCAGGAGUCCUCACUACAGUCAUGCGCUGCCUGGGGAUCCCAGCCCGCAGUGUGAGCAACUUCAACUCGGCGCAUGACACUGACGAGAACCUGAGGGUUGAUGUCUACCUGAACGAGAAAGGAGAAAAGCUGAAAUGGAUGUCCUCUGACUCUGUCUGGAACUUCCACGUGUGGAAUGAUGUCUGGAUGAAGCGGAAGGAUCUGCCAUCGGGGUUUGAUGGCUGGCAGGCAAUCGACGCGACCCCUCAGGAGCAAAGUCAAGGUAUUUUCCAGUGUGGCCCGUGCCCAGUGAAGGCAGUCAAAGAUGGAGACGUGUAUUUGCCCUAUGACAGCAAGUUUGUGUACGCGGAAGUGAACGCCGACAAGGUCUACUGGCGCGUCACGGAGGAGAACGGCAGGAACAAGUACACCAAGCUGGGCGUGGAGAGCCAGAGCAUCGGCGCCAACAUCAGCACGAAGGCCGUGGGGCAGAACAGGAGGGAGGACAUCACCUGGCAGUACAAGUUCCCUGAAGGCUCUUCAGAGGAAAGAGCAUCCAUGAAGAGAGCCGUCUCUUACCUGCAGCCCUCAGGGAUGACACCUCGUGCACACUUUGCUGCAGUCCCCAUGGAUGUGAGCCUAAGAAAUGUGGGUGACAAGGACACGGUCCAAAAUGAGGUGGUCCCCAAGUCUGGGGUCCAGGUGGAGAUAACCAAUGAAAAGCCUCUGUAUCCUGGUAAUCCCAUUGAAGUGGUCAUCACCGUGAAGAGCACCGUGGCUGGGAGCUGGACUGUAGACCUUGCCAGCUCCUGCCAGCUGCAGUCCUACACUGGGAAAGUCCAUGCCAAUCUUGGACAUAUCAAGCAGACUGUCAAGGUGGAAGGCCAAUCUGAGGUGCAUGUCCCACUGAAGAUCAUGCCUGAUGCUUACAUGAAGGCAUUGGCCACAGUGGACGAUGAAGAGCAUGUCCAAGUCACUGCCAUCGCUGAGAUCCAGGGUACACCUGAGAAGCUCACCAAGGAGGUGUCACUGAGCUUCGAGUACCCCCCCAUCCAGGUUCAGAUGCCCGAAACGGCACAGCUGAACAAGGACUUCACCUGCGCCUUCAUCUUCAAGAACAAGCUGAACGUCCCCCUGGAUAACUGCAAGCUGAUGGUGGAGGGCUUGGGCAUAUUUAAGAUGGCAACGUUUGAUGAAGGGGAUAUACAGCCGGGCAGGAUUAUUAAGUCUGAAGUCAUAUGCACUCCAACAAGAGUAGGAGAGAAGAAGAUCGUGGCCAGGCUGACCUCCAACCAGGUCAAAGACAUUUCGGUGGAGAAGGGCAUCAUGGUCACCCAUUAGGAACAGCACCAUGGCAGUGGACAGAAGGGGACCCUGAACACGUGACAGCUGCAGGUCACUGCCACCACUUCUUUCCUCGACUGCGGAAUAGGGCUUGAUGAGCAAAGAACUACAAUCCCAUUAAGCAAUGGGAAUUACACUGGUGUAAAGGCCAUAGUUGCUUUGAUUGUAGCUGAUUGUAGCUGACUGUGCUUCAAUAAAGAGCGUUAAAAUCGACAAAUUCACUGUGUGACCAAUGUUUGUGCUGGGGCACGGGUUGUUUUGCAACCUCUGCAGUCUCAUGAGGCUGCCCAGACCCCUCUGCACUGGAGCUCAAGACACAUUUUAAGCAAUUCCCCAUGUCCUUUCCUCUCUCUCCCUGCUGGCAAACAUGCCCCUUUCCUGUGGGCAGGUUUGCUAACCAAGUCAGGCACUCGGUCAGACUGCCCAGGGCAUGGAGCCCCACAGGGCAGAGUGGAGCACAGGGAACGGAGGAGCACAGACUGCAGCAUAGAAAUAUUAAUUCUUUAAUAAGUACAAUUAGCAUCCGGAGGCAUAAACCAGAGUUAUGAUUACCAAAAUAUAUAUAUUUCCAAGAGAUACAGGUUCUUUACUUGCAUAGAAAGCCUGCUUUAAAAGACCAUGAAAGCUGCCCAUGGCCACUGUGAUCCCAUCCACCAUGGAUUGAAGCCCCAUGCUGCAGUGCUGAUGGAGCCCAGUCUGGGCUGGAGGUGAAGGCACAAUGCCACAGGGAGGGGAAGGGGGCUGGUUUCAAUUUCAUGGAAAUAACUUUGGUCUCAAGCUACCUGGUGGGAGUUACACUAUGAGGUGGAUGCCAAGGCUUGGAAUGAAGCAGAUCAUUCCAACUCACGAGGACUUCUGCUGCUUCAGACUUUUGCCAUGCUGUACCGAGGCUGAGCAGGAGGGUACCAAGGAGUGAGGGAACACUCUGAUUUCCUGAUGCCAGCAUCCUUCCAGCUCCUGCACCUUUGAUGGGCAAAAAUGUGGCAGCAUGGAGCGGGCAGAGAGGAGUCCCCCUUUCAUACAGCUUUCUAGUUUCAGCUAUUGAAACAGCACACAAACCCACAUUGCUGAGGAGCAAUGCAGGAAGUGGAAGGAGAUCACCCCAGCAAUCAGCACUGUGGAUACAGCUGUCACAUUACACCAAAUGCUGCUUCCAGUGCUGGUUUUCCUGUGGGGCACUGCAACCCCACCUCCACCCACAGGUGGGAGAGUUAGCUGAGAACAGCAGCUCCCAGCUUCCACCUUACACACCCCCACUUCUCCCUGUGUAGAUUCACAUAUGUCCCCAAUGUCCCUGUGAUGCAGACCCUGACGUGCAGACAUGAAGGCUGGUGCAGAAGUGAGACAGCCUCCCAUUUCCACACUGCACUUCUUCGUAGGGCCAACCUACAUCAAGACGAUACCUCAGUUUCCCCAAGGUACAGCAUGUUUCCCUUUACCCGAGACAUUUUGGAUAGACACACAGUUCCUUAUGCAUUUUUUUCCCCCUAAAUCUAUUUUUUCAUUGAAAAAGAGGAGAAACACAGGGGGUCACUAUGGUUCAAAACAUCUCCCCUUGUUUUCUUGGAUUCUGGCCCAACUGCACUCCUAGCUUCCACCCACCAGACUGUUUGUUAUCUCACGUUCAAACUCCUUUAUCACUGCCAUGAGGAAAAAAAAAAAAA